AUGCCAGUGGGCAGCAGCAAGAGCGGAGGACGGGGUCCGUCCUCAUCACCCCUCCCCCACAGCGUGGUGCCCCCCAGCAGACCCCUGCGACCCUCCCGCUACGUGCCAGUAUCUGCAGCCACCUUCUUCCUCGUUGGCUCCACCACGCUGUUCUUCUGCUUCACGUGUCCGUGGCUCUCGGAACGCUUCUCAGUAGCUGUCCCCAUCUACAAUGGAGUCAUCUUCCUGUUUGUUUUGGCUAACUUCUGUAUGGCCACAUUCAUGGACCCUGGGAUCUUCCCAAGAGCCGAGGAGGAUGAGGACAAGGAGGAUGAUUUCCGUGCUCCCCUGUACAAGACAGUGGAGAUCAGGGGGAUCCAGGUCAGGAUGAAGUGGUGCUCCACCUGUCGCUUCUAUCGGCCGCCGCGGUGCUCACACUGCUCCGUCUGUGACAACUGUGUGGAGGACUUCGACCACCACUGUCCGUGGGUGAACAACUGCAUCGGCAGGAGGAACUACCGAUACUUCUUCCUCUUCCUGCUCUCUCUCACCGCUCACAUCAUGGCUGUGUUCGGCUUUGGCCUCCUCUUCAUCCUCUACCAUCGGCAAAACAUCGACCGCCUGCACGCUAUCGUCACCUUGGCGGUCAUGUGUGUUGCAGGCCUGUUCUUCAUCCCUGUUGCCGGCCUUACUGGCUUUCACAUCGUGCUUGUGGCCAGAGGAAGGACUACCAACGAACAGGUGACGGGGAAGUUUAGAGGAGGUGUUAAUCCUUUCACCAAUGGCUGCUGGAAGAAUGUGUCUCACGUCCUCUGCAGCUCCCAGGCUCCCAGGUACCUGGGCAGGAAGAAGGGCGUGCAGAGUGUUUGUGUGCAGCCUCCCUUUCUGCGACCGCAGCUGACAGAAGCCCAGUUGGCUGCUAAAAUCCUUGACAACGGCAUCCAGGGAGACCUGCACCGGUCCAAGUCCAGUCUGGAAAUGAUGGAAAGUCAGUCCUGCGAUGCAGAGCCGCCGCCUCCUCCUAAACCGGAGCUCCGCUACCCUGGGAUCACUAGAGGGAACACGGAGGAGUGCAGUCUGCUGAACAAAGCUCCACCCACCCCUACCAUGUACAAAUAUAGGCCCACCUACAGCCCUGGCAAGAACCACACAGCCCUCACACAUGCUUACGCCAAUCAGUUAAGUCGGGGUGAGAGCAUUGGCAGUGCCAGGGACUCGUCCUCCUCCACCUCCUCCCUCCUCCAGGCCAGCCAGCAGCCUGGGUUCCGCUCCCAGCCCAGCCUGGACCGGAGAGACGCGUCAUCAGACAGAGUGGGAGGGGAAGGCGGUGGGGAGAGGAGGGAGGGAGGCAGGGAGGUGGGGGCCGGCGGCAUCCCUGGCUACACUCUGGGCGGCCGCUCCUACCCUUCCUUCUCAGACCCCACUGUUCUGUCUGGAGUGGCAUCACGGUCUUCCUGCUCCACACACACCUCAACAGGUGCCGUCCAUGUCUCGGAGGCAACCACCACCUCAGCCAGCUUCAAGAGCUUAGCCAAUCAGACACCGCCACCUCAUCACUCGUCUCGCAACGGCAGCCUGUCGUACGACAGUUUACUGGCCGGUGGGGAUCAUUUCGACCAGGGGGCAGUGCCGGGCGACGUCGCCUCUGGGAGACCCGGCACACCGGCAGCAGGCGGCUACAGCUCCCCUUUCGUGUCUUCACAGCAGAGGGAUGCUGAGAUGCACCUGCAGUCACCGCAUCAGCACCACCGCUCCGCCCACCACCACCACCACCCCUUCCUCAAUCGCUCAUCCUCCUCCACGUCCUCCCCCCCACCACCUCCAGAGAGGGAGAGCCUGCUGGGUGAGCCCCACUCAGUUACCGGCCAGCCGCCCCCCUCCUCAGCACCACCACCCCCCCACCACCACCAUCACCAUCACCAUCACCACCACCACGCCCAUCAUCACCACCACCACUCCUCCACCGCUACUUCCCGCCCUCCUCGUUUUGCUCCCCCGAGUGCACCUCCCCACCAUGCCUACCCGUACCGUACCCGCUCCACCGAUACUCCUCUGGGCCCCUCCUCCACCUCCACGACUCACCCUCCCCGCUCCCCUCACCCUCCACCACUGGGCAAAUCACUAUCAUACUCGAGCGCCGCUGCCGCUGAAAUGCAGUAUCGGCUGGUCCGAAAGGCCUCGGCGUCAGCUGGGGCGAAUGCAGCGGGGGUAGGAGGAGGAAGUGGAGGGAUGGGAGGAGGAGGAAUGCAAGCACCGAAGGAUGAGCUGAUGCCAAUAAAACCUCAAAAUCGGACUAAUGGUGGCCAGCGCUUCUCCUUGUCCUCCAACUCGUCCUGCUCCGCCCCUUCUUCCCCCUCUCACCCGGUCGGCAUGGCUGCCCGGCCUGGAGUGGCCCUUCCCAGCUCAGCAUUAAGUCCUUCCCACAAGCCUCAGAGCGGCGGGGUAAAGAAAGUGACGGGUGUUGGGGGCACCACUUACGAGAUAUCUGUCUGAGUGGCGUUCUCCAGCUCGACCAGUGAGAAGACUGUGAUCCUAUUGCUGACUGUGGGCUGUAACUGAACUGAUCUAGGCUCCUGGCCUCUAGGCAUGCAAGUGACUGGUUAAAUGACUGGAAUCAGCAGCGCUUGCCUGCAGUGGGCUGUUUAUUUUUUAUAUGUUAAACAGGACCUUGGAUGUGGCUCAGUGGUUGUUCUCCUGUCAUUCAGUAGGUACAGUAUGAGGCAUUACCAUGGUCAGGUCUGUGCAGCACGAGUCAGGGUUAGGACUGGAUGCAAUAGGCCAAUGCUAAGGUUCAUAUCACAAUUUUAAAUGUGUUACCUGUCCCACACAGAGCAUCACUGAAACCAAACCUAAUGUUGUAAAUGGUCAGUACAACGCAUGAGCACAUCCAUGCAGUCUGAGGAGCUGAAACCUAAGGGCUUCCUACAGACGAGCAUCUUCGUACAAGUCCAAUCCCAGAUCACAUUAAGUCACAGGUGGUUUUAACAGCUCAAGUCUGUUGGACAGCGGUUGGUGUCAGUGGACCAACAGCCCAGGUGUCCCCAGCGUCCUUGAGGUCCUUGUCUUGUUCACAGCAUUCCAGCGAGUCCCAGCAGGAGGUGACAGACCUCCCUCAUGGAGUUAGAACACUUCCCAAGGAUUCUACAGCAGCGGCUUGCCUUUUACGGACAUGAAGAUACACGUGACUUGAAGCAAACGGAAGUAAAGCUGAUUCACGCUCCGUUUGCUUCAUUUGUUGAUUUAUUCCUGGAUGUGAAUAUGAUUCCAUGUUUGUACAGGAUGGUGUGAUUUGAAAUGUGGAUUUCUUUCUCUUAAAAAAAAAAAAAAAAAAGCCUUCAUACUGCAGCAUGCACUACUAUCACUACUAGCCCCCACAGCCAGUGUUGUUGUGGACAGCAGUGUCUGUUGGAACUAACAGAAGCGAGGAAGUCGACAAGGAAAUCAUGCACCGGCCUUUGUGUGGUUCAUAGGAUCUUGAAGACAAGGCAGACUUUUCUAGAAAACAAAUUCCUUCGGCGUUUUUCUUGAAAAUUCAAGUGUUGUCAUUUUUUUAAAUUUCACCUAUUUAAUUUGAAGUUGUUUUAUAUGAAUUUUUAUGGAAUAUAACUAUUGAUAAUGAAGAGUUUUUAAUAUUGACUUAAAACGUGGCUUGUGUUUGGUUGGCUCUACGGUUGAUCGGUUUUUGUUGGUUGAUCAUGAUUUAAAAUGUUGUGAAUGUCUUGUUUUCAAAGACCAAAUGCCUAAUUUGAGAUGUCGCUAGUGGACAAACAUCAAAUGUCAUUUUUAUUAAAAAAUGAAAUUCCCAAGAUGUAAUUUUAGAAAAUGUUAUUGUCACUAAAUUUGUAGUAUUAUUACAAUAGAAGUCAGACGUCCUGAAUAUAUUAAAACAAAGGUUGUAUCACACAUGGACAGUGGAUAACGCUCCAUGUUUAGCUUCUUUGAUCAUUUGAACUGUUUGUUUUAUCAUCUUCCUGUUUCAGAUCCAUGUUGAGGGUCUCGUCCUUCACAGCGGCUGUGUGCUCCCAUAAGGAGCUCCUCUCCCGACAUAAAUGAUGAUGCACGACCACACAAAAAGCAGCGUUUAAUCAGGUUUCUGGUUGUUGCCCUGCAUGUUUACCAUCAAUUCCACCAGCGAAGGGUCCCACACAGUUGCAGGGUCAUGUGGGUGAUAACUGGACCUUCUGAACAGAGCGAAGCACGUGUGAAGUGCAGGCUCCUCCCAGUCGCACGGCCUCUGACCUGGAGCUCGGCUGGAGCAGAACAGCUGCUGAGGAAUGCGAUGGGGUGUAGGUGCAUGUUGGCACUUUCUCUAGGCUUGGUGUGUUUCGUUAGCCCGGCCUUGGAAAGCCAUGUUCAAGUCAAACAUAUGACAGAUGUCUACUGUACAGCUUGGUGUGUGUUUGUGUGUGUAUGUGACGAAGGGCUGAAGGAUUCAUAAUAAACUUUAAAUAAACUGCU